AUGGGUGUUCCCAAGUUCUUCCGCUGGCUCAGCGAGCGGUACCCCGCCAUCUCGAUGCUCAUCGCAGAGAGCCGGAUUCCCGAAUUCGACAGUCUCUACCUCGACAUGAACGGCAUUAUCCAUAACUGUACGCAUAGUGAUAGCGACUCUCCAACGUUUCGCAUGACGGAGGAUCAGAUGUUUAUUGCUAUUUUCAAUUACAUUGAACAUUUGUUUGGCAAGAUUAAGCCAAAGAAGUUGUUCUAUAUGGCUGUGGACGGUGUCGCCCCCCGUGCUAAGAUGAACCAACAACGUGCUCGUCGUUUCCGAACCGCCCUCGAUGCAGAGAAUGCAAAGAAUAAGGCAAUUGAGCAAGGGCUGGAGAUGCCUAAAGAAGAUGCUUUUGACAGCAACUGUAUCACGCCGGGUACAGAAUUCAUGCAAAAGUUGACAAAGCAACUCAAAUAUUUCAUCAACAAGAAGAUCUCAGAGGAUACAGACUGGCAAGGUGUGGAAAUCGUGCUGUCUGGUCAUGAGGUCCCCGGUGAAGGUGAACACAAGAUUAUGGAAUAUAUUCGAUGCUCGAAAGCGCAACCCGACUAUGAAUCCAACGUUCGCCACUGUCUUUACGGCUUGGAUGCCGAUUUGAUCAUGCUGGGUCUUCUCAGUCACGAUCCCCACUUCUGUCUUCUUCGUGAGGAGGUGACUUUUGGUCGCCAAGUCUCCAAGAAGCCCAAGGAACUCGAGCACCAAAAUUUCUAUCUAUUGCAUCUGAGCAUGGUCCGAGAGUAUCUGGAACUAGAAUUCCAAGAAUUAGAGCAAGAAGGAGCUCUGGAUUUCGCAUUCGAUAUGGAGCGUGUCAUUGAUGAUUUUAUUCUCAUGGCCUUUUUUGUUGGAAAUGAUUUCCUACCCAAUUUGCCAAACUUACACAUCAACGAGGGUGCCCUCGCCCUUAUGUUCAAGCUUUACAAAGAGGUGCUGCCGAAGAUGGGCGGCUAUAUUAACGAGCAAGGAGUGAUCAAUGUGAAACGCCUGGGCAUGCUUGUUAGCUCCCUGAGCUCUGUGGAAUACAGGUUCUUCGAGGCGGAAAACUCGGACGCUCAAUGGCUCAAGUUAAAGAAGAAUGGUGAUGUUGAUGCCGUCGACUCUCAAAGGCCGAAGGGGCUUACGAUAACCCCUGCACAAAAGGAAAUUCUCAAGACCAUCAAAAAAUAUGUUUUGAACCAAACCGACAAGGCCUCUUCGCCCCUUGAUCUCCCUCCUACACUCCCAGCACGUGACCGGGCUUUCGUUGAAAAGCUUGCGGAUGAACUUCGGUUGUCUUGGUCGACAAUUGAUAAUGAUGACGGAGAUCGAUUUAUGAGGCUCCAGUUGCCUCAGAGCGAAGACGAUAGCGAUGAUUCUGGAGAAGAUGAAGAAGCAUCGAUGGCAGUUCAACGUAUUAUCAGAAAGUAUGAGAAAGCCAAGGUUCAGGAUAUGACGCCCGAGGAAUCGCAGAAGGCUGCACAGGAAAAAUAUGAUGCCGAAUUCUUGGCUUGGAAGGAUAAGUAUUAUCGGACCAAAUUUGGAUGGGGUCUUGAGAACAAGGAAGAGAUGAAGAAGCUCGCCCAGAACUAUGUGCAAGGAUUGCAGUGGGUUCUGUUCUACUACUAUCGUGGCAUCGCGUCUUGGCCUUGGUUCUUCCAGUAUCACUAUGCCCCUAUGAUUUCCGAUGUCAACGCCGGCCUUGAUGUGGAUAUGAACUUCAAGUUGGGACAACCUUUCCGGCCAUAUGACCAGCUCAUGGGUGUCUUGCCAGACCGCAGUAAGAAGAUUGUUCCUACCGCCUACUGGGACUUGAUGACAUCGCCCGAAUCCCCUAUCUACGAUUUCUACCCCCGUGAUUUUGAUCUCGACAUGAACGGCAAAAAGAUGGAGUGGGAGGCUGUUGUUAAAAUUCCUUUCAUCGAUGAGAAGCGGCUGUUGGAUGCCCUCAAAACGAAAGAACAUCUCCUUUCUCCGGACGAGAAAGCAAGAAACGACUUUGGAGCUUGUCUCAAAUUCACGUAUUCACCCGAUGUGAACUAUAUCUACCCAUCUUCAAUGCCUGGCGUGUUCCCCGACCUUCCAAACUGUCGUUGUAUCGAAAACCUCUUUGAUCUUCCUGUGAUGGAAGGAUUGGAGCCCUACGCCGGUCUAAUGGAUGGUGUGCACCUGGGUGAUGCGGCGCUCGCUGGUUUCCCUAGUAUUAAAACGCUGCCUCAUCACGGCCAACUGGGUUUCCAUGGUGUCUGCGUGUUCCAACAAGACAGCCGAAACGAGAGCCAGGUUAUCACACUACUCGACCCGGCAAGCCGAUCGAGCAUCGAACUCGCCAAAACGAAGCUUGGAAAACGUGUUCACGUUGGUUAUCCAUUCUUGCAAGAGGCUCUUGUGAUCCGCGUCUCAGACGAGCUUUUCGAUUACAUUCUUCCCCCUGGAGAACAGCACCCCGUAUCCAUCCCUCAUACACCUCAACAGAUUGAACAGUGGAAAAAGAAGGCCGUCAAGAUCGAAAAUGUCUACAGCAAGCGAUUAGCAAUGAUCAUCGGUGACGUCGAAGCUCUGGUGCAUAUUCAACUUCUGAAAGGCAUGAACAAAACAGAUGAUGGUGCCGUAAUCAAGGAAUUUGCCGAGAUUCCCGGCCAAGAGACGGACUACGCUCUUCAAGUCGUUGUUGACCACGUGAAGAACCCUGAUCAACGUUUCAUCGAACGAGAAGCUGUUUCCAUCGAAGAAGAGUUCCCAGAGGGCUCUCGUGCCUUUUUCUUGGGUGAAUUCAAUUACGGAAGACCUGUUCAUGUUGGCGGCCAUGAAGAUGGAAAGGUAAAUGGAUUGAUUGCGGCCGUGAAAGGCCGCGAGCCAGAAUUCGGCCGCGAGCGCGUCAAGGCAGCCGAACACCUUUGCCCUUACCUGCCAUCUUAUGCCGUUGCACGCAGCCUUCGCCUUAAUGCUUUGGUUCUGGCUAAGAUCACAUCUUCCUUUACUGUUGACAUUGAAGGCCAACGCGCGAACCUUGGUCUUAACCUGAAGUUCCAGGCAAAGCAACAGAAAGUUCUCGGCUACUCUCGCCGCGGAGAAUCCGGCUGGGAGUUUAGCCACAAGGCAGUGGAACUGAUCCAACAAUACAUGAUCAACUUCCCCGAGUUCAUUGCUGGAAUCCAGCGCAACCCUCAAAGUGAUCGUUAUUCUCCAACUGAUUUUUACCCAGAAGAGAUCGCCUCUCUCAAGAUGAAAGAAAUCAAGGAUUGGCUCAAAUCUGUGGAAGCCAAGAACUUCGAGAGAGUGCCUCUUGAUGCUGAACAGCUUGAUUCCGACAUUGUGCUUCUGAUCGAGCAGGAUGCCGACCAAUUCAACCAGUCUCAGCCACAGAUGCAACCAAAGAAGGUCCGGGGUGUACCCCGUGGUGCACUCCUUCGGCCUGCCGAUGUCGAGCACCGCCUCGGAAGCCAAACUUUCAAGCUUGGCGACCGGGUAGUGUACGCUCAAGAUUCUGGCAAAGUGCCGAUUGCUACUCGCGGCACCGUUGUCGGUCUCACCAGAACGCCACGAACUCUCCUCCUUGAUGUUGUGUUCGAUUCAUCGUUCAUGAGUGGUACUACGCUUGGAGGCCGCUGCUCGCCAUUCCGCGGCCAAACGGUUCCCGCAAUUUCUGUCCUGAACAUCUCCAACCGACAACUUAUUGCCAGCUCCCGUGCUGCGGCUAACCAGCAGACCCAGCAGGCUCCUCUUCCUUUGACGGUCGCUGGGUACGGCGCACCUAUCGGCCCCGGUAGCCAGGGACAGCUGAGAAACGCAGAUGCCCCAGCUCCCCUGAGAGGCUCAUUCCGAGGCGCUGUCUCCGGACAAGGCGCUGGAGUUGGACGCGGAGGCCGUGGAGGAUUGAACAGUGGCCAGCAAACCACUUUGCCAUUCCGUCCCCACUCCAACGGCGGUCCUCCGCGUGGCCCCCGUGCCCGUGGCGGUGGCGGCCGCGGUGGCUAUGUUUCAGUGGAGCAGGGCGAUCCCAGCGAGGGUGUUAUCCAGAACAACCCUAACUUCCGCCCGCAGAACUACUCCCAGGUUCCGCCUCCACAAGGAAUUGACCGGGGACGCGGUCGCGGCCGUGGUCGCGGAAACGGAUUUCGGGGUCGAGGUGGCCCUCGGCGAGGUGCGCCCCAAGGUGCGCCCCAACCCAGCACUCAGUGA